AUGUCAUACUCGGAAGCGAUAUGGCCAAGUCAGUCGCUUAAUAUUACGCUGGGAACGUGCGAGGAAGAACCGGAAGUGUGCAACGAACAGUAUCAGGAAAACGCCGCGAUGUUGGAGGUGUUCUACGAGGCUCUUAAUUUUGAAACUCUCACCGAAUCCGAAGCUUACGGAGUCGUGAAAAUGCUGGCCGAUUUCGGUGGACAACUGGGCCUAUGGUCAGGCGUCUCGUUCAUGACGAAUCUGCGAAUUUGCCUGCCUUUUCUGUGA